AUGCGCUUAUUUAUCGCUCUGCGUUAUUAUGCGCGUGCCAACAGAACGCGCGGCCAAGCGUCACAAGCGCCAGCGCGCGCGCAUUGGUUAGGACGGAGAGGAGAUCCACAUUCAGCCCAGUCAGAGAGAGGCAACCGCGGCGAGGAGUCACCGCCGAGAGACCCGAACAAUAACCAGACAGAUCCCCCGAGCCCAGAGACACAUGAGGCAGAGCGGGGAGAGAGCAAGGAGGCGCACCGGAGGCUUCAUUGCCAUAUAAAGCCAGCCGGAGACAGAGGAGAACCGACGAAGGGGAGGAAAGUCCCGGGAGCAGAGGGAGAAAUCACCGCCACACGGUCGUCAUACGUGAACGUGAGCCGCAGGAUGAAGGGUGAGAUAAAGCCUGUAUCUCUGAGUCUAUGGGGAGUCUACCCUGCCGUCCAAAUGAAGUGGCAGAAGAAGAUAUUUCUGGUCCUCAUUGUCAUCUGUACUGUCAGUCUUCUGCUGCACCAUGGGGGCCACUUCACCUGGAAUAUGGAGGCUUUCCACUUUGGCUGCUCUCACCAGUCCCCAGGCGCAAAGCCUAAACACACCAACUUUGUCUUCCUGAAGACCCACAAAACAGCCAGCACCACCAUGCAGAACAUCCUGUUUCGUUUUGCAGAGCGCAACAACUUGACGGUGGCAUUGCCAGUACAAGCAUGUGGUCAUCAGUUCUGCUACCCACGUUCUUUCUCCUCUCACUUCGUCCAUCUGCACACGCUGCGACCAAAUUUGAUCACCAACCACAUGCGUUUUAAUAAGACCGCAUUGCAGCGCGUUAUGCCAAAUGAUACUAUAUAUAUUACAAUCCUAAGAGAACCAGCCUCCAUGUUUGAAUCCUUGUUUACGUACUACAGCCGCCACUGUAUGAGCUUCAGGAGGGUCCCGAAUGGCUCUUUGGAAGCAUUCUUGGCGGAGCCCUUACGUUACUAUCGGCCACAAGAGAUAGAGUCCAUGUAUGCACGUAACACCUUGACCUUCGACUUGGGUGGAGACAAAGAUAAUUCAAUAAAAGACUUGGCAUAUGCACAGAACUUUGUUGCAGAUGUUGAAAAAGUGUUCUCCCUAGUGAUGAUUUCUGAGUACUUUGAUGAAUCGCUUAUUCUUCUUCGCCAUCUUCUUUCUUGGGAUUUGGAGGACAUCCUGUAUGUCAAGCUAAAUAUGCGGACGGAAAGUUCCAAGAAGAGAUUGUCUCCAGGUCUUCCUGAAAAGAUCCGUGCCUGGAAUUCCAUCGAUGCUUACCUUUAUGACUACUUUAAUACUUCAUUUUGGGACAAACUAUCAGAUUUGGGUCUAGACUGUGUGGCGAAGGAGGUCCAACUUCUACGGCAGGCCCAAGAGAGGUUAAUGAGAAGUUGUUUUGGUGGGAAAAUGCCACUUCCACGCCCAGCUGCAGAGAUCAAAAACAAGGAUCUACGUCCCUGGCAGCCUAGCGACAAAGUCGACAUUGUCGGCUAUGACCUCCCCGUAAAUAUAAGCCGUGAGGCUCAGGAGCACUGCCUCAAGUAUAUAAUGCCAGAGAUCUCAUACACACGCAUUCUUCUUCAUUCCCAGUCCCUGCAAUACCGUCGAAGUUAUCAGAAUCGGCCUGUGCAGAAGUCACACACCCUCCAACAGCACAUCCGCACAACCCUGCCUCGGCAUUCUCAGGUCCAUCGCAGUCAACCAGGGCCCUCUGUUGGUCAGAGCCCUGGCUCAGGAACAGAGUCCAAAUCCACCCCAAAGCAAAGUUAGGGAACUACACAGCUAGGGCCUUAAUCCUGAAGUAAAAUGUGAAUAUCUCAUUAGUGCCCAGCAGACUGCACACUUCUACUCAUCCUGAUUCAAAAAGACAGCGAUGCUUGGUUAGUAAAACACUCUGGGAACCAAAUUUGUAUUUGGGAAAGCAAAGUAAAUAGUGUCCUCUCUUCUUUCUGAACACCCUUUUUCUAAUGAGCCAUUAAAGAAAAAAGGUUAACCAUAACUGGAGUGUAACCAUAUUCUCCUCCCCCUUUGGUGUGUGGUACAGGAAAAUGAUGGAAAACCAAACAGCAGGUGGGAAUAAACUGGAGCUAGAUUUUAUACUGACCACAGCUGACUGCAGCUGGUUUUCAGUGAAAGUGGUUGUUUGAAGGAAAUCAAUUGAUGUAAGGCCUAGAACCAAUGUCAAGGUACUGAUAUCAGCUCACAGAGUGUUCUUUGUGUGCGGCAGACUGGUUCAGGAUCAUAUUACUUGCCUUUAUUUUCCCUUUCUUGAGCUCUGGUUUCCUUGCUUUCUAAUUAGCAUAUAUGCUGCUUAAAGACCUUCAGACACACAGUGACACUAGUGGAUCAGCUGUCAGGCCUCCAAAGAACCACCCUGAGUUCUCCUCCUUUACUUUUUCCCUUCUAUAAAAAGUUUUCUUUCAAAGCAGCAGAGAGAGAGCAGAAAAAUGGUAGAUGGACAUUAAGUCAAAAAACUGGGUCUGGAUGCUGAAUUUUGGCCACCGAAUUAUUACAAAGACUUUUACAGAGACUGAGCCCAUAUACAGUGCAAAACCUGUGCCUCCUUAGCCUUUGACCUCUCUUGCCUCCCCCUGGAAUACUUUUCUCCUUUUUACCACAAUCCACCCUUGCUGUUGAACCCCCCCCCCCCCCCCCCCCAUCUACACAGAAGCACUGUUUUUGCAAUAAGAUUCGUGUUGUUUUGAUAUUAAAGAGAUGGAUUCAAAAAUCAAGCCAGAACUUCUUUGCCCUUGCUGAAAUCUAUAUAACCACAGCACAGGACAAAUACAUGAAGACUGUGGUUCGCAGUGUUUGAAUAUUUAAUCGUCUCUCCUCACGGCACCUCCUAUGGCAACUCCUCUAAGGUUACAUACCUAAACGUUUUCAAUUGGGACAUGCUGGACCAGUGAGAAGUGGCUCGUUCAGAACUGAACUUUGGACCUGCUGGGAUGAUGAACUGUCAAAUCUUAUCCUCUUUAAGGGUUGUCUGCUUUUAUUUAAGCUGUAAUUUAACUUACAUUGUGGUAAAGGGAAUGAAUAUUUAUCUUGAAAGCUAAGUUAUAAUGAGUUUGAGCUUAUGUAAGAGUUUCACAUGUGAGUCAGGAAAUGACUCUAUGCCUCAUGUUGAAAGAGCAGCUACAGCAUGCCUGGUAUUUCAAGUCGGUAGAGGGAGUCUGUGUGUGUGUGUCACUAUAGCAAACCUGAUUGUGAAGACUAUAAGAGUAAUAUGUACUACCACAAAACCUG